AUGCCUGGUGUCCUUCUUCCGUUGCAAAGGGUCAUCCGUCAGCCAAAAAAAACCAACAGCACCGUUGUCGUCGAAUACGAAGUUACUCGAGAGUUGAUGCCAGCUCAAGUCACGGAGACUCCCAAGACCAAUGCACAUUUUGAUGGCGCGUUCCUCGAAGAUGAAGAAGACGAUGAAGAAAAGCGCGCUCAAUCAUCAGUCGGACCCUUGAAAUUUGGCGAUUAG